GAACACUCUGUUUUGUGUUCUUGUUCGAAUAAAAAUAAUCAUAAUUCGGGAGUUGAUUUCUUUUCGCAAGAUUUGUCUCAUCAGUUUAAUUUUACUGCGUUUGUGGAUACAAGUUCUGCAAGUUUGUUUUUGGUUCCAAAUUGAAACUCAAUUAAUUUUUAUCAAUUUGAUUGGUUUUAUUAUUACAAAAGAUACAUUCAACAUUUAAAAGUGCUAGUAUCCUGAAACUCUUCAGAAUAAUGCUUUUGAAAGUUAAGAAUUUGUUUUGGAUAAGCCUACCAACUUCUGGUAUAGCUGUCGGUUUCAUAACUUCUAUCGCAUGCUUCUUAAAUAUUGUGGAUCUUAUCGAUUUUUGGAUUAACUUUGAUGAACGGAAACCUAGCUAUCAUAUAUUUGCAUUAUCUGAUGCUAGUGUUCAAGUAAUAAAAUGGGAGAUUUUAGGUUAUAGUCUGUUUUUAAUUUCGGGACUUUUGCUUAUAAUUGGAACAAUCAAGAAAUCACAUCGUCUUCUUUUGCCAUGGCUAAUACUGUCAGUCUAUGUUAUUCUAUUUGGUAUUGGUAGCAUUGUAGCCUUUUCAGUAUUAAGCUUUGGUAAUAUGGAUAAUCGAUUUGGAUAUAUCUUAUUGUUUGUUGGUUUGGGUUUAAUCUUUGUAACUGGCCUUUGUGUUUAUAUAUGGAUUGGAAUUUUAUCAUUAUAUCGAAAAAUUCGAGAAAAAAAUCGAAUACAUGAAGAACUUGAAGCAGAAAAACUUGAAGCUGAAAAACUCUAUCAGCAUCCACAAGUUGCUAAUAUUGUAAAAUCUACUUAUCACUGUGAAUGUCCUCCUGAACAGAUUCCCAUACAAAUUUGAAAAAAAAAAAAAACAAAAUUAAUAAAUUAAUAAUUUUAAUUUCAUAAAACAAAUUAAAAAAUGAAAUUUUUUGUUUUGAGAAUAAAAAUUUACAUGCAAUAGCUAAGGAAACCCCAAUGAUGCAGUUCGUUUCAAUGACGUGAAGAAUACAGUCACUAAAACAGGAAAGAACUUCGAUGUCGCAAAUGUUCGCCAAUUUUUUUUUCCACAAAAAAAAAAAAACAAAUAAUUCUCUGAAAUUUCAUGUUUGUAGUUUGUAUGCAACUGGUAGGCGCCGGAAAUGUGUAAAGAAAUGUCUGGAUGUGGAUCAUGUAUCAGAGCGCAUGAGUCAGAUGAUGCACAUU